ACCGCUACAAUGCGUUGUAUUUCGUAUCGCUUGCCCCAUCUUCGCUACUUACUGAAUUUCGUGCGAUUUGCGAAUUGACAAAGUUCUCAACUCUCAAUUGCAAAUGAUUUGAUUGAGAAGCGAUUGAAGAUUAUUCAGUCUCUUUCUGCUUUUCUGAAGCGUGCGCUGGAACGAUCUCCGCUGUGGUCUUCGCCCAGUCUGCUUGCGCAUUCGUCGCCGCCAUGGCCGCCACGUGCCCGGACGACCCGUGCUCGUUCUCCAACCCGCACGAGGCGGCCGUCACCUCGGUCCACCUGCGUCUGACGGUGGACUUUGAGGCGCGCCGGCUGCGUGGCGCCGCGGAGCUGCGGGUGGAGCGGCGCGCUCCGGCGGCUGCCGUCCUGCUGCUGGACACCCGCGGGCUGGAGGUGACUGGAGUAUGCCGACUGGAGGACGGCGCGCCGCUCCAGUGGAAGCUGGAGUCGGAGCACGAGCACACGGCGUACGGCACGCCGCUGCGUGUCACCCUGCCGCCGGAGGACGGCCAGCCGCUGACUGUGGCCGUCGAGUACAGCACGCGGCCCGAGUCGACCGCGCUGGCCUGGCUGGAGCCAGAGCAGACGGCCGGCCGGCGGCGGCCGUACGUGUACUCGCACUGCGAGGCCAUCCACUGCCGCUCUAUGGCGCCGCUGCAGGACACGCCGGCCGUGAAGACGCCGUACACGGCCGAGCUGACAGUGCCGGCCGAGCUGACGGCACUCAUGUCCGGCCUCCGCGAGGGCCGCGAGGAGGCCGACGGCGCAGCGCGGUGCCGGUUCCGCCAGCCAGUGCCCGUGCCGGCUUACCUGAUCGCUCUGGCUGUGGGCGAUCUCGAGUCGCGCCCACUCGGACCGCGCUGCUCGGUCUGGUCCGAGCCCGGUGUAGUCGACCGCGCAGCUCACGAGUUUGUCGACACAGAGAAGAUGCUGGAGGCCGCCGAGGCAUUCUGCGGUCCGUACAUCUGGGGCGUGUACGACCUACUCGUGCUGCCGCCGAGUUUCCCGUUCGGUGGCACGGAGAACCCGUGUCUGACGUUCAUCACGCCGACGGUGAUCGCCGGGGACCGCUCGCUAGUGGACGUGGUGGCACACGAGAUCUCUCACAGCUGGACCGGCAACCUGGUCACCAACCGCAGCUGGGAGCAUUUCUGGCUCAACGAGGGAUUCACCAUGUUUCUGGAGCGUAAGAUCCUGUCGCGGCUGCACGGUGAGCCUGCCAGGCACUUCUCGGCAGCUGGAGGAUGGAAGAGCCUCCGUGAGACGAUUCGUACGCGUGGUGCCGAUGAUCCCCUCACCUGCCUGUCGCCAAAGCUGGCUGACGUGGACCCCGAUGAUGCCUUCUCGACGGUUCCCUACGAGAAAGGUCACGCGUUCCUCUGGUAUCUGGAGCAGCUGGCUGGCGGACCGACGGUCUUCGAUCCGUUCCUGCGUGCGUACGUGGAGAAAUUCCGACUGAAAUCAAUCGACAGCGCCGACUUCCGCAAGUUUCUGGAAGAGUACUUUGCUCCGACGCCUGGUCUAUUCGACAAGGUGGACUGGGAGGCGUGGCUGCACACGCCAGGCAUGCCGCCAGUGGAGCCGCAGUUCGACUCUCAACUGGCGGGCGUGUGCUCGGAUCUGUCUGCCCGCUGGUUGGCCUGGAACACUGACGAGCUGUGCCCGUUCUCGGCCGACGACCUGACCCCGCUGACCUCAGGUCAGGUGAUCGAGCUGCUGGCUCAGCUCCUGGAAGCGCCGCCGCUGCCGGUGAAGAAGCUGGAGAAGAUGCAGGAGCUGUAUGAUCUGGACGCGCGUGCCAACAGUGAGAUCCGAUUCCGCUGGUUACGUCUCGGUCUGGCUGCCCGGUGGGAGAGGCAGCUGCAGCCGUCACUAGAGUUCGUGACCGCUCAGGGCAGGAUGAAGUUCGUCAGACCGAUCUACCGUGACUUGUACGCCUGGGAGGAGGCUCGACCGAAGGCGAUCGCGACGUUUGAGAGGAAUAAGCCGAAUAUGAUGCACGUGGCCAUUUACACGGUCGGGAAAGACCUGCAUCUUAGCGAGUGAUGCGGAGUGGUGAAGUGAGAGAGACUCUGCUGGGCUGGGGUCUUCAAUGGAAGUAGCUCGUAGUGUCUGUGGUGUUUUUUUUCUGUCCAAGCCUUUGAUUUCGUGCUCGUGUGUUCUUUCAUCUCCGCAUAAUUGAAAGGCCUUGUGAUAAUCGUACGGACCGUUCAGCGCUUUUGCUGAUGCUAUUGUGGGCGAUUAUCGAAUGAUUUCAAAACGGUGUGUAAAAUUGACCCAAUAGCCAGACGAUAGCGUAAAACUAAAUUUAUUGACUAUCUUCAUUGAAAGCCUCGAUAACUCUGAAAAUCAAUCAGUUGUGUAAUUCUAGCUGACUUUCAGUCAGCAUCGCAAGUUGUGACUUCGUAUGUUUUGUAUCUCUUGAACGUAAUUUGUAACUGGCUGUUGACUGUUGUUGUGUAUGCUUGGUGUCUGGUUUCAAAUAAACUAGGUACUUUACCUAACUCUGGCUUAUAA